GUCCAGAAUUGGAAUCGUGAAAGUGACUGUCACUACGAAUCGGAUUAUUUGGAACCCAAUUAGUGGACCCAACUCACUUCCACCAACAACAAUGCCUUAAGCGUUAAGCGGAAAUUUCAAUUUCACAAACAAACACACUCACUCUCUUCUUCUUCUUCUUCUUCCUUUUACUCCUCACAACUCAUAACUCCACAACUCAACUCAACAACAACGACGGCGACGACGACGACGAUGAAUGUUAACACAACAACAACAACAAUCUCACUCUUCUUUACUCUUCUUCUCUUGAUUUCUACUGUUACCGCCAACCACGGCGUUUUCAACGUUAAGUACAAAUUCGCCGCCGAUCAACCGCGUUCUCUUUCCGUUCUUAAAGCUCAUGAUUACCGCCGUCAAAUUUCACUUCUCACCGGUGUCGACCUUCCUUUAGGCGGAACCGGUCGUCCUGAUUCCGUCGGGCUUUAUUAUGCUAAAAUUGGAAUUGGAACUCCUUCUAAGGAUUAUUAUUUACAAGUUGAUACUGGAACUGAUAUGAUGUGGGUUAAUUGUAUUCAAUGCAAAGAAUGUCCUACUAGAAGUAACCUUGGUGUGGAUCUUACGCUCUACAACAUAAAGGAAUCCUCCUCUGGUAAAUUAGUUCCGUGUGACCAAGAGUUAUGCAAAGAGAUAAAUGGGGGUCUUCUGGAUGGAUGCAAUCGUAAUACUAAUGAAUCCUGUCCAUAUCUGGAGAUAUAUGCUGAUGGGAGCUCCACCGCAGGUUACUUUGUAAAAGAUAUUGUAUUAUUUGAUCAAGUGGCUGGUGACCUUAAAACUGCAUCAGCUAAUGGAAGUGUUGUAUUUGGGUGUGGUGCUAGGCAAUCUGGAGAUCUAAGUUCUUCAAACGAAGAAGCACUUGAUGGAAUUCUUGGAUUUGGAAAAGCUAAUUAUUCGAUGAUUUCACAACUUUCAUCUUCUGGCAAAGUGAAAAAAAUGUUUGCUCACUGCUUAAAUGGAGUAAAUGGAGGUGGUAUAUUUGCAAUUGGGCAUGUUGUAAGCCCUAAAGUGAACACGACUUCAUUAUUACCUGACCAGCCACAUUACAGUGUCAACAUGACGGCAGUUCAAGUUGGCCAUACUUUCCUUAAUCUCUCGACAGAUGCAUUUGAUGAGCAAAGAGAGAGGAAAGGGACAAUAAUUGACAGCGGUACAACCUUGGCCUAUCUACCUGAUGGGAUCUAUCAGCCAUUAGUCUAUAAGAUAAUUUCUCAGCAACCUGACCUAAAAGUUCAAACCAAUGAUGAGUAUACAUGCUUUCAAUAUUCUGGAAGUGUUGAUGAUGGAUUUCCAAAUGUCACCUUUUAUUUUCAAAAUGGACUCUCCUUAAAGGUUUAUCCACAUGAUUAUUUAUUCCUCGAUAAAGGUUUAUGGUGUAUUGGUUGGCAAAAUAGUGGGACACAAUCUGGAGAUAGUAAGAAUAUGACCUUGUUGGGAGAUUUGGUGCUUUCAAAUAAACUUGUCUUUUAUGACCUUGAAAAUCAGGUUAUUGGAUGGACGGAGUACAAUUGUUCAUCAAGUAUUAAAGUGAGGGAUGAAAAGACCGGAACAGUUCAUUUAGUUGGUUCUCACACUAUUUCUUUCUCUAGCACUCAAAAUACCAACUUGUUCACAAUCUUAUUUCUACUUGUACUACUACUCAUGUUGAUUUGUUGACAUGGAAUACCUAGUGUAUAGAACCAAAGCCAAAAUUAUGAUUAAAAUAAUUGAAAAUAGAAAUGACAUAAAAGUGCUCUGGGAGAAAUCAACACUGCAGUAACUCCAUGAAUGAUUUUAUAAUUGUGCUUUCAAGGAAAGCCAGAUUGGGACCCUUCGCCAUGGAUAAUAUUUUUCUUCCAUGGUGAAUGUAUAUAUAUUGAAAUAGCUUACCUUUAAAUUGUAUAUGUCAUUAGACUUUGAUUAGCAUGGGUUUCUAUGUCGAAUGUGUAACUAAUAAUUUAACUGGAAUAAUACAUACAGCUAUUAGCUACAACUCAUCGAGAUGGGUUAACUCACUUGUAAUACACUAUUUCAAUACUAGUUGUUUUGCUUUUGUUUAUCUUCAA